UCAAAAAGAUUAACAUUAGAAGUUUAUCUUUUCGACAAUAAAAGUCCGAAACGGAAUAUAUUUUUUUUUUAUUUUAAAGAAUUUAUAAAUUCAUUUUUUUUUAUUUAAAAAUGAAAUUCGUAAUUGUAUUCGCUGCUUUAUUUGCUGUAGCUGUUGCUGUACCAAUUGAUGAUUCAAGAAACGCACAAAUUUUACGAUAUGAUAAUAAUAAUAUUGGUGUAGAUGGUUAUAAUUUUGCUUUCGAAACAAGUGAUGGUACAUCACGUCAAGAACAAGCUGAAUUAAGAAAUAUUGGUACUGAACAAGAAGCAAUUGCUGUACGUGGUUCAUAUUCAUGGGUUGCUGAUGAUGGACAAACAUAUACAUUAAAUUAUAUUGCUGAUGAAAAUGGUUUUCAACCAGAAGGUGCACAUUUACCACGUGCAGCAUAAGCAUGUAUAUUAGAAUAACAUCUAGUCAUGCCAUAUUAUAUUUUUUAAAAGAGAAAAUAAAAAUACUAUUAUUAUAAUUAUUAUAUAUAUAUAUAUAUAUAUAUAAUAGACAUCUUCAAGAAUGCGCCUCUACGCAGUAAUGAAAAAAACUCACUCACUCACUCACUCAACUCACUUAAUUUUGUAAUUUUAAUUUCGCUUUCAAAUUUUUUAUUUAGAAAAUUUGAAAAAAAAAAAUACCACCUUUUUUUUUUGAUUUAAGAUUUUUUUUUUUCGAUUUAAAAAUUUUUGUUUUUGGUUUAAGAAAUUUUUUUUUUGUUCAAAAUUUUUUUUUUUUUUGGCUAUAAAAAAUUCUUUUUAUAUUUUUAAUUUUAUAUAAGACAAAAAAUUAAGUCAUUUUUUUAAAUUGUACUUAACGAAUCAUUUAGAUUAAAAAAACAAAAAAAAAAAAUGUAAUGUGAUUAAAACUGAUAAUAAUUAAAAUAAAAAAA